AUGGAGUCACUAGCGGAUACGCCAUGGGAUGUAACAAUCUCCGGCACUGGGCUGGCCCAGUCUCUCCUAGCCCUAGCCCUGUCUCGGUCGGGUAAGAACGUACUUCACGUUGAUAAGAACCCCUACUAUGGGGGGCCCGAAGCUGCAUUUAGCCUUCAGGAGGCCGAGGAGUGGGUCAACAGAGUCAACAAUGAGACUGGUGACCACUCGUUCGAAGAUGCUAGCGUUUGGCGAGGAGACGGAUCUUCUGAGGGCGGUACACAAUUGUCUGCUUCCCGAGCAUACACCCUCUCUCUGUCUCCUCAGCUUAUCUAUGCCCGUUCCCAAUUGAUACCGACCUUGGUCUCGUCCAAGGUUCACCGACAGCUCGAAUUCCAAGCUGUCGGCAGCUGGUGGAUCCACAGACCCGGAGAUAGCGGCGAUAAACGCUUGUAUCGCGUCCCUGGCAGUCGUGAGGAUAUUUUCGCAGAUGACAUGCUCAGCGUUAAGUCCAAACGGACUCUGAUGAGGUUCAUUCGUCACAUCGGCCAGACCCAACAGAGUUCUGAUGAAGCUGAGGGAGAAGGCUCGUCGUUGGAAGAGGAAGUCGGCGAUGUAUCCUUGACGGAGUACCUGACAUCCAAGUUCAAAGUGCCAGACGAAUUGCAUACACCCUUACUAUCUCUCUGUCUAUCGCAAGCCUCUCCCCAGCAGACAUCAGCUCAAUAUGCCGUGUCUCGCAUCAAGAGACAUCUGACCUCGUUGGGUGUAUAUGGCUCUGGCUUUGGAAGCCUCACGGUCAAGUGGGGUGGUGGCUCCGAGAUCUCUCAGGUUGGGUGUCGCGCUCUUGCCGUUGGCGGCGGUGUCUAUGUCUUAAACACUGGUAUUAAGUCGCUCAGCCAUCUUGCAGAGGAUAGUAACGGUGAGGGUGCUCGCAUUCAACUGUCACUGUCCAACGAAGAGGUCAUCAAGACCAAGUUCGUGGUCGGUUCAAAUUGGGAUCUUCCAACAUCAGCUCGCUCGUCUUGCGAUUGUGACAGAGUGGCUCGGUCUAUCUCGGUUGUUUCAUCUUCCCUCGGGAGCCUCUUUCCGACCACGGCUGAGGGCGGGCCAGUACCUGUGGGAGCGGUUGUCGCUUUCCCAGGUGCUGCUCUUGGGCAAGCCGAUGAUUCACCUCCAGUCUACAUUCUGGUUCACUCUAGCGAGACUGGCGAGUGUCCAACAGGUCAAUGUGUUCUCUAUGGUAGUGUGAGCAUAUCCGGUUCCGACGGACAGGCUCUGAUCGAGAGUGCUGUGCAGCAGCUUCUUGAAUCUGCCGCUGGUCCUGAUGCGAAGGUUCUUUGGUCACUCCGCUAUACGCAGUUGGGACGAGCUAUUGGGAGUGAGACUGGCUCUGUGCAGUCUGUCAACCUAGCUGACCGUAUCGUCCGCCUCCCGCCGUCGAGCCUUGAUCUGGCAUUUGAUGACUCUUUGAUUGACACGGUCAAGGAUGCUUGGCAGGCUAUCAUGGGAGAUGAUGCCAUUGAUCAUGAGUUCAUGACGUUCGAGGACCGCGAGGGCGCUUACGAGGAAUGA